UAAUGUUUGGAAAUGUUGAAUUGUUAAAGCGAAAAAUGACCUGGUUCAUCAAAGUCUACUUCCGAUGAAAAGUGAUUGGCCCAAAGAAAGGAGCCAUAUUUGAAAGAGUUUUGUGUAUUUUGAUGUAGGUCGAGAAAAUGUCUUCAGAGAAGAAACAGACAAGAGUAAAAGUUAUUGUUAGAGUUCGACCAACACUGAAGGAUGGUGUGAAAACAUGUGUUAAUACGAACAACAAACCAAACACAGUACAAAUAUUGAAUCAUAGAAACAUCAGAGAAAAUCUCAUGUAUGAUUUUAGUGCUGUAUAUGAUGAGACAUGUAGUCAACAACACAUCUAUAAUAAUAGUAUCAAAUCUAUGAUUAGUAAAUCGUUAAAUGGACAGAAUGUCUCCAUAUUUGCAUAUGGACCAACUGGAGCAGGGAAGACACAUACUAUGUUGGGUAGUGGUACAGAUCCUGGUAUGAUACCAAGAGUUAUCAAUGAUUUGUUAUUAACUAUAGAGAAUGAACAAAACACAGUUAAUGAUAAACCACAGAAAGAUAGAUGGCAAUAUACAGUUACUUUCUCUUAUCUUGAAAUUUAUAAUGAAAAGGUACAAGAUUUAUUAGAACCAGCAUCUGUAGACUUGCCUAUCAGAGAAGAUGGUGAUCAUAAUAUAUUUGUAGCAGGUUUGGCAGAAAAAGGGAUCACUAGCUUUGAAGAAUUUAAAAACUAUUUUGGUCCUGCUUCAAACAACAGGACUGUAGCUGCUACUAAAUUGAAUGAUAGAUCAAGCAGAAGUCAUAGCAUUCUUAUGUUAAAAGUAAAAAAGAACGCCAUGUUUCCACCUAAUAGAGAAUUUCAGGGUAAAAUAUAUUUGAUAGAUUUAGCUGGCUCUGAAGAUAAUCGUCGAACUGGUAAUCAAGGAAUAAGAUUAAAAGAGAGUGGAGCUAUUAAUAAAUCAUUGUUUGUAUUGGGAGAAGUUGUAGAUGCUAUUAAUAAUAAUCAGCCAAGAAUACCUUACAGAAACAGUAAAUUAACAAGACUUUUACAGGAUUCUAUUGGCGGUUCAUGUCAUUCUAUAAUGAUAACUAACAUAGCACCUGAAGAACAUUAUUACUAUGAUACAUACUGUACAUUAAACUUUGCUAGUAAGAGUAAAAAGAUAGUCAACACCAAUACAACUUGUUUAAAACAACAAACAUCAACAUCGUCAUUAUCAGGAAACACGAGCACCAGUGGAGAAACAGCUCAAACAACUCAUAAUUUCUUAAAGAGAAACAAUUCCAGUAAAUUAUUAAAUGAAAAUGCCAAAAAACCCAGAUUAUCUCCCAGUCCUUUAAUAUCUGCUGAAGCCCCAGUUUCUACAGAUCCAGCUCCAUUGCUCAGUCCAUUAAUGAGAAGACAGAAUAACCUAGAGAACAUAGUUAACCUUCGACUGCAGGAAAUGGAACAAAAUAUACUACAGAAAAUAACACAAAACAACAUAUCCACCAACAGCGACACAGCCAUGACCGAAAUACAGCGCCAGUUGAUUCUCUGUAGGGAAGAAUUACAGAAAAUGAAAGAGGAAAAACAUUUGCUGGAGAAACCAAAUAAAGAAGCCAAUCGAAAAGUGGGGAAAAAGCUAAAUUCUAAAAGCAUUAGCAGCAAAGAUUUGAAGAAGUCCCUGCCUGAAGAGAAUGAGAAUAACGUAGAAAAAGUGAGCCAAAAAUCCAAGAAAAGUGAAAAGAUCAUAUCACAGCCGAACGUUGUUGAAAAGGAAAGAAAAGGCCUGCAAGAUAAAACAAAUCAAAAUAUAGUUGUCAUCACAAAGAAGGAGAAAAUAAUCAAAAAGAAAGAGAAGUUAGCGGAGGUGUCCUUUAGUCCUUUAUUUGCUUCAGUUCCUAGAAUAUUUAAAAAAGGAUUCCGUUCUACAGCUUGUAAGAAGAUAUUUGAAGAUGAUGAAGAUGAUGAUUUUCAAGAAAAUGAAACACCAUUAAACAGUGAAGUACAACACCAACACAAUACUGAUUUUUUGAACAUUCUCAACACGUCAUCCAUUAAAGACUUACAGCAAUUACACACUGUCGGUAAUAAACGAGCUCGACUUAUAUUUGAAUGGAGGCAGCUUCAUGGAGAAUUUGAGAGUGUUGAUGGGCUGAAGAAUAUACCUACAUUAACAGAUAAAUACAUCAAAAAUUUACUACAUAGCAAUAUGGUGACAACAUAGAUCUGUUUUUAAUCAUAAAUGGCAUUGUAUAUAUUCAUAAUUUUAUCAUAUUGCAAAAGAUCAAUUUUGAAUGUUUUGUAAUUAUAAGCAAUAGCUACUGAUAUUAUUAAUCACAUGUAUGUUUUUUUAUUCAAACAUUGAUAGUUGAUCAGUAUUUAAAAAGACUGAACGAGUAAAAUUUUUUUUACUUUUAUUCAUAAGUAAUUUCAAAGCAUUUCAUAUUGCUAGCAAUAAUACAUGUAUCUAUUUUAUCAUUUGGCCAGCUUUAAAUUAACAUAUUUAUUGCCCAGUUCAAGGGCCUUGAAACUUGAGCACAUUUAUUUCUGUAAUAUAGAAUGUCCCUAAAAUGAAUUGGAUAAUGGUCGGUGAUAGUUAUUAUUUCAUGAAGAAUAUCAUUCUCCCAUCCCAUUAAAUGUGUAUUCCAAUACAUUUCACAUUGCUUAUUCAUAAUGUACAGAAUAAUCUGUUUGACAAGACUUUAUCCAAUGUAUAUAAUUGUAUAUAUAAAUCUUUUUUUAUAUUCACUAAUGAAAUUAGCAUGUAUUGACAAAUUUUCUUAAAACAAAAUUAAAAAAAAGAUUGUAGUUUUUUUCACUAACCUGGAUAUUAUUUAAUCUUGUGUAUUUAGCACUCAUUUCUUUCACAUUCGUUUAAUAUCAAAUCUUUGUUUAAGAAUUUAUUUAACAUCACACCAAAUCAUCUAAUUUGAAUGUGUGUCCAGUUUAAAGCGGACUGAUUAAUUUUGAUAAUGAGUAUCCAAUUUACAAGUGUUGAAUUUCCUGACCACUGUUCAAAAAUUAACCGUUAUACAUCAAUAAUCAAUUGGGUUGGGUUUUUUAACAGUGAUCGAGAAAUUAAACACUUGAAAAUUGGACACUCAUUAUCAAAAUUGAAUGGUCAGAUUUACACGGGACACCAGUACAAGUUUUUGACGACUUUAAACGAUCUUUUUGAGUUUUUAAUCAAAGAUUUGAUAUUGAAUGAAUGUGAAAGAAAUUAGUGCUAAAUACACAAGAUUAUAUGAUACCCGGAUUACAGUGUGUGUAGUUGUUAGAUUUAGAUUGUUGUUGAUAUUAUUAUAUUUUUAUAAAAUUUACAUCUCGACCACAUCUGUUUUUAAUUAAAUACAUCAGUAUUUUUAUUUUUAAUACUUUUCUUUUUAAGGCGAGGUUAAAUAACUAAAAAAAAUUACUAUUUUAAUGUAAGGACAACUGUCAUUAUUUACUUAAAUGUAAAAGAGUAUAAAAAGGCCGUCAUAGACCAAAAUGUACUUUAAAUUGUAUUAUCUUAAACUCUGUACAUUAAGUUACCUUUAUGUAAGUUCAUUUUAUUAUACGCAUAUGUGGUCAUAUAUUGCCACAAGCAAUUGUAGACGCCCUAGAGGCUUAAGUUAAUAUUGGAUUGGCUUUAAAUUUAUACACAGUGUGUAAAGUCGAAACGAAGAAGCCUAUUGAUUCUCAACAAUUUCUGAUAUACGACAACCCUUGUUGACUCCACUGACGACUUGGCUACUGUGGGCAAAUGUUUUAUUGCCUAGCAACCGAUCUUGUAUGGUAUAAUUGCUCAUGUCCUUUAUUUAUUUUGUUUUAAACAAAUUUUAACUGAAUAAUGUACAUUAUGUAAUAAAUUCUUCAAAAUA